AUGCCACGACACAUCCUUAUCGGUUAUGAUCGUUCCGAAAUAUCCAACAAAGCCAUGGAAUGGAUCGUGAGCCAUGACAUAUUACUACCUACCGAUAAAAUCACAUUGGCAACGGUCGUCAACGACGAUAUGACCGCCGUGGAAGGCGCUUUCGGUUUAGAAGCAGCCGCGAUUGGGCCUGUCAACUGGAUUGCCGAUGACUACACACAACGCGUCACCCAAAUGGAAACCAACGCAGCAAGCGCAAUAGAAAAAGUAGCCGACUGGUACAACAGCAAAGUACGUCCAAGAAUUUUAAAUGGAGAUCCAGCAGAAUCAUUGACGGUGUUUGCUGAAGCCAACAACGUUGAUAUGGUUAUUGUUGGAUGCCGUGGGCUAGGGUUCUUGAAGAGACAAUUCUUGGGCUCUGUAUCGGACCAUCUUACACGUCAACUGAAAUGCUCGGUACUCAUUGUCAAACCCAACGCACCAGAUUCAGUAUGA